AUGGUCGGCCUGCACGCCACGGGCGGGUCGACCAAUCUGACCCUGCACCUCGUGGCGAUGGCCCGUGCCGCGGGCGUGCUGAUCGACUGGUCCGACAUGGCGGAACUCUCCGCCGUCACGCCGCUGAUGGCGCGGGUCUAUCCCAACGGACUGGCCGACGUGAACCAUUUCCACGCCGCCGGCGGGCUCGGCUUCAUGAUCGGCGAGCUGCUCGAGGCCGGGCUCCUGCACGGCGACGUCCGCACCGUCGCCGGCGACGGUCUGGCCCGCUACACCCUGGAGCCGGUGCUGGGCGACGAUGGGCUCGCCUGGCGCGAGGGUGCGCGCACGAGCCUGAACGACAGGAUCCUGCGCCCCGCGGCCGAUCCGUUCCAGCGCACCGGCGGGCUGGCCGUGCUGACCGGCAAUCUCGGCCAGGCGGUGAUCAAGACCUCGGCGGAUCAGGAAGAGAUCAAGGCCGCGUUCCGCAAUGGCGAGCUCGAGCGCGAUUUUAUCUGCGUGCUGCGCUUCCAGGGCCCGCAGGCCAACGGCAUGCCCGAGCUGCACUCGCUGACGCCGGUCCUCAGCGUCUUGCAGGAUCGCGGCUUCCGUGUGGCGCUGCUCACCGACGGGCGCAUGUCCGGCGCGUCGGGCAAGGUGCCCGCGGCCAUCCAUGUCACGCCCGAGGCCGCGGCGGGCGGGGCGAUUGCGCGGGUGCGCGACGGCGAUAUGCUCCGGCUCGACGCCGCAGCGGGCCGGCUCGACGUGCUCGGCGAUCCGGCGGAAUUCGCCGGGCGCGCGCCGGCGCAGGCCGAUCUCUCGGCCAAUGCCUGCGGCAUCGGGCGCGAGCUCUUCGCCGCCUUCCGCCGCAAUGUCGGCCCAGCGGAAACCGGUGCCGCGGUCGUUGUCUAG